AUGAAUACUUCGAAUUGGUAUAAAGUUUACGGUUCAUUAGUUCUCAUGCAACUUCUACUGUUUCCUACCAGUGAAAGCUCUCAAUACGAUAUAGCAGCACACAGUCUUGAUCAUGAACACAAGGUAAUUAUUACAACAGAUCUGUGUAGAAAAUUUGGCUGUAAAUGUGACAAUUAUAGCGUGGAAUGUACUGGUAUUGAACCUAAUAUGUUGAAUCAGCACUUUUUCAAACUUGCACCAAAUAUUCACAGUAUUUCUCUCCUAAAUUGUUCUCAGAAUCAGGUGAAUCUGCAUGAUUUCUCAAAUUUCACUUCGCUUCACAGCAUUUCAAUUCAACAUUGUAAUGUACAGCAACUUAUUUAUACUCCUUCCAGUUCCCUGAAAAACUUGCGUGUUCUGAAUUUGAGUCACAAUUAUUUGUGGAACUGGAAUGAAAUUUGUAAAACUGUAAAUCAGUAUUCAUCGCUAGAAAGAUUAGACUUAUCCUACAAUCGAAUUACCGAUUUAUCUCGUACCAAUAAUUGUAUUAAUAAAUUACAUUACCUGAAUUUAUCAUUCAACAAGGUUUCAGAAAUAUUUAUAGUGCCUAACGCGGUAGCACUUGAUCUCUCGUCGAAUAUUUUAACUCGAAUUGCUGGUAAAUGGCCGUCAGUUUUGGAAGAUUUAAAUUUAUCAAAUAAUCCUUCAUUAAGUUACUUUCCUUCACUCUCCUUAGUGCCUUCAUUAGUCAAUUUAAAUAUGGACGAUUGUGCAUUGACAUCAUUACCAUUAUCUAUAUCGCAAAAUCUGCGGCAUUUUUCCUUAAAAGACAACCGUUUAGUUGUUAUCGACUUCAAUUCACUCAACUUACCAUCGUUGGAAGAGUUAGAUUUAAGAAGCAGUUUACGAUUGCAUAGUAUUGUUGGUAUUUUACCUGAUAAAGUACGCAAAUUCCACUUGACUGGUUCUUCACUGACAUAUUUGCCACCAAGUUUUUUUGCUAGUGCUAAAAAACUUCGGUUUUUGGAGCUAUUGCCGAAUAAUUGGAGCUGUAAUAAUUGUCUUAACAAAUGGCUGGAUAUUUUGCCAUAUAAAAUGAGACCACAGAUAUAUUGCCCUAAUAUUUCUCAUAAUAACUGUUCAUUAGGUAUUUUAAAACGAGUUGGUCAGAAAGAAAAAUAUAUUGUGAAGGCUCGUUUUGCAGAAACGGCAGUUUUACCUUGUGAUAAAUAUGGUGAACCACCUUUGACCGUUGAAUGGUGGUUAGUUAGACCGGAAGUGUUCAUUGGGGCGUAUGAUGUGGAGAAACAAAUGGUUCGUAUGAACUGGACACGGAAUGGUAGUUAUAGGAUUGUUGCUGGUGGACCUCUUAUGAUUAACAAUGCCGAUAAAGAACUAGUCGAACGAUAUCGAUGCACAGUAAUGAAUCCAUUGGGCAAUAUAUCACAGUUAGUGCACUUUCGAUUGGACUAUUCAAUUUGGUUUCAUUUGGAUAUGAGUGGAUCAGUGUUUUGGGCUAGUUUUUUAGCAGCAUUGAUCACAUGUGGUAUAACAUUUAUUCUGAAUUUGCUUUGGAUAAUCUGUCGACAAAUUGGUUUAUGGUGGAUCAAAAGAAUUGAAAGGAAUUCUCGUGUUCGUGAAAUGGUUGUUGCUGUAGAAAGAUAUCGUCAACGUCAAAUGACAAUGCUCUCUGAAGCGUAUCAUAAAAAGCUGGAACAAAUUCGAGACAAUUAUCAUCAGCAGGUUGAGCAGUUACGAGUAUCUUAUACUUCCCAAUCAGAGAGAUUCCGCGAUUAUCGAGCAGCUCAGAUGGAAAAUAUGAAUCAGCAUUUAGAAAGCAUACGUGACAAUUAUAAUCAACAAAUGUGUAAAUUGAGAGAUUAUGGUGCAAGACGUGUGGAACAACUUUGGGAAGGUUAUGAACGUCAAGUCAAUCGUUUGAAAAUGUUUUCUCUGCAGCAGCGCUUAGGCUUGAUGCGUAAAUACAAAGUGAAGCAACAGUAUUUAAAUAAACUUGCAGCAAAGUUUGCUGAUAAUUCUCAAACAUUCACAAAACCUCACCCAGAAGUUAUAUUAACGGGUUCAUUACGGGAGUUAGACAUUGAAAUGCAUCGACAAAUGGGAUCAUUUCAUUCACUGCCUGAUUAUUUCUUAUAUGACGAAGAUAUGCUGAGCAACAUACAAUCUGAACUGAUUCAUGAAUUUACUGAUCGUAAAGCUUUCAUGUUCAUCACUGAUGAUAUUGAUGAUGAUGCACCCUGUUCCUCACAACAGCUGCAGGAUGGCAGAAAGUCAUAUAUGCUUGAAUCGUUACCCUUUCGUCACCGAUAUUCGCUAGCGGAAGUAGAAAACGAGUCUACAACUUUGCAUAUUUCUAAUGAAAACCAACCUCUCAGUAGAAAUUAUGAUUCAUCAUCAUCCAGUGACUAA